ACAUGCACAUAUACACGCACUUUCGUGUAGUCAAGUGCAUACGCAUACAUACACAGGAACACACAGACACACACACAUGCACACAGACACACAUGUGUACAUACAUGUGCACACUCACAUGCACAUAUACACGUAAAUAUACAUGUACUCUUGUGUAUCCUCAUGUGGUCAUUCAAGUGCACACUGAUAAGUACACAGACACACAAACACAAAAAAAAAAACACAUGCACACACGUGUACAUACAUGUGCACACUCACAUGCACAUAUACAUGUAAAUAAACAUGUACUCUCAUGUACCCUCAUGUGGUUAUUCAAGUGCACACGCAUACAUAAACAGGCACACACACACACACGCACACAGACACACGCAUAUACAGGCACUCUCAAAGAAGGGUAAAGAUAAGGAACUGCAGCUGCUGCAGUUUGAAUGCCAGCGCUGAUUACAUCACACCGAAGAUGGAACAGUUGUGACUGCAGUGGGCAAAGGUGGGAGAUAGGCCAUAUCUCUGAACAGAGAUGGGCUUUAGAGACACACACACACACACCCACACACACACAUCUCUGAACAUAAAUGGGCGUUAGACACACACACACACACACACACACACACGCAUAUCUUGAGAGAGGCCAUACCUCGUCUUCCCACUUCCACCUGUACUGAGCAUGUCAACGGACGUACGCUGCCUGGUUCAGUCUUUCUUCAAUGGCUACUUCAGGAAGAAGCCAUAUUGCAAGGUGCGUCCCGAUGACACCGUGUUCAGUGUGGCGUCCCUGUUCAACACCACGCCCGGCCAGGUGGUGCACCUGAACAGGCUCUCCUCUAACACUCUCAUCCCCGGACAGCGGCUGCGCAUUCCGGGGACGAAGUGCCCGCCCCCUCCCUCCGUCCCGGACCCGGACCCGAAACCGAAACCGAACCCGAACCCGCAGCCGGACGGGGCGCCGGAGGCCCCGCCUUCCUGCGGGCCCCUCUCCCCCUCGCCGGACUCCGAGUACGACAAACUGCUGGACGUGGAGGAGGUGUCGAUGCCUGAUGGACAGCUGUGCCUAUUGGCCCUCCCCGCGGAGUGUGCUGAGGGGGAGGGGCCUGCAGCCAUGCCCUACCUCAAACUGUGCUCCCACUACAUCACCGACCGCAAGGGCGUGGUCCCCGGAAUUCUGCUGGUGACGCCCAAUAAGAUCUUCUUUGACCCCUAUAAGUCCCACCCCCUGGUGGUGGAGCAGGGCUGGGAGGAGUAUUUGCUGUCCUGCCUAGUGGACAGACUGGUGUCAGUCUGCUUCUGCUCCGACAUCUCCCACGUGCACUUCAACAAGUCCACCCAGAGGUGGAAAGGCCGGAGGAAGCCGGUGAACCCCAAAUCGGUGAAAGGCUUGGUGAGGAGAAUCCAUGGGGCGAAGCGCGGUCCCCCGGUGCAGCCUGGGCACGCGGUCCUGGCGCUGGUCUCCUCGGCGACGGCGGACCUGAAUUCCCCCCCGGGGCAGGGCCCCCGGGCCCCCGUCGCGGGCGAGCCGGACGCCGAAGGCCGGGACAUGGCGGAGGUCGAGCGGGAGCUGGAGCGCGGGAGGGGCGGGGUGGACGAGCUGGCCGCCCACUCGGCCGGCAUGCUGGGGGUGGCGGUGCUGAGCAGUGCUGCCACCUUCUGUUGCGGAGGACUGGACGCGGGGGAGAGAGUGAGGACAGAGCUGGUGCAGCCGGACGGGCGGGAACAGAGGAGGAGCACGGGGAGGGGGAGCACAGGCCCCUCCCGCCAGUCCUCUGGUGGCUCAGGAUCUCUGAUGUUCAUACGGCUCCGCUUCCACCAGCCCUCGGGUCAGAAGAGGGGCGUGUCCACACCUGAGCUGGGCGUGGCCAGGACCCCGCCCACUAAGGACGCCUGGUUCACCCUGUCCCAGCAGAGCUCUGAUGAGCUCUACGCCUAUCUGACCCACUGGAGACCGGACCUCUGCAUCCUGGAGGGCCGCGAGGAAGAGGACGGCGGCGGAGACGAAGAAGAGUUUGUGCUGGUGGACGGCGAGGAGCAGGAGGAGGGGGCGGGGCUCACGCGCAGCGACAGCCAGACGGGAGAGGACUGGGAGUUGAUCUCGGUGGAGGACGGAGGGGGGCGGCCGCUGGUCCUGGACAGAGAGCCUGAGGGCCUGAGUGACGUCCUACAGCAGAGCCGCAUCCUGAAGGCUGAGCACGUCAGAGAGAUCUCCGCCGAGCUGCCCGCUCGAACCGUGGGCCACGCGUGGCAGCUGACCUACAGCACCUCGCGCCACGGCGCCAGCCUCAAGUCCCUCUACAGGAAGCUGGCCGGCCUGGAGUCGCCCGCCCUCGUCGUCAUUAAGGACUCCCAGAGCCAGGUGUUUGGCAGUUUCCUGUCCCACCCACUGAGGCCCAGUGAGACCUUUUACGGCACCGGCGAGACCUUCCUGUUCAUGCUUCACCCGCGGUUCAAGUGUUUCCGCUGGACUGGAGAGAACUCCUUCUUCAUAAAGGGAGACCUGGACUCCUUUGCCAUCGGGGGAGGAAGUGGCCAUUUUGGCCUGUGGCUGGAUGAAGCCCUCUACUUAGGCCGGACCAGCCCCUGCCAAACCUUCAACAACUGCUGCCUGUCGGAGACGGACGACUUCCGGGUCGUGGAGCUGGAGGUGUGGACCUUCUGCUGAAGGACCGCCCCAUACCCCCUGCCCCGCCCCCUCCACUCUCUGCCCCGCCCUCUCCACAGCCCUCAAGAAAACAUUCUUUUUUCAGGGGCGAACAAAAGGGGCUGAUUGUCAUCCUUUUACUUGUAACGACCUAAUUCUUUUAAUGUGUGCGUUGGCAGGGGUCUGUGAACUUUAACCCCUUGGGGAAAAAUGGACGUCCUUAACUUAACUUCACUUUUAAGACUUUGGGGCAGGGGCGUUGAGGAGAAAUGUGUAGGCGCUGGGCUCAGGAAUUGAAAUGAAGGUUUUUCGACAAGAGAAGUACUGUACUGUACAUAUUUUUCACUUGAAUAUGAUGCCCCCCCCCCACCCCACCCCCCAUAAGGGAUGGUGCCAGCUCCAGCUGGGGCUGUGUUUUAAACCAUGCCGAUACGAAGUGUGUACCAUCCCCGCUUAGACCCCCCCCCCCCCCACCACAACCCCCAGCUCAGUCUCCUCCCCGUGAAACGGUCGUGGACUUAAAAGGUGGGAGCUCUCAAAAAAAAAAAAACAACCCCUCAUGGACAUGUUUCCCUUUCCUCUCUCUCUCGUUGCAAGCGGAGCGAUACGCAGCCCGUUUACGCGAGACUAAAAGACACUUCCCAGGUACCGUGGACUGUAAUCCAACCCCCUUAAUGUUGUUCGCUAGAGUCGCUAGUAUCGAAUUGAAUUCCCCCCUGCGUUUCACACGUCGCUCCUCACUGCUACCGUGAGCUUGAAGUACAACGGCCCUCUACCUGUACCAAGCAGCGCGCAGGCAAGAUCCACCAAUCAUUUUCACCCUGUGUAAUAUUUAAAAAAAGACUAUUAAUAACAAUGUUAAUAACACGCUUAUUGGUCA